CUUUAAUAUUCAUAUUAAUAUUAUUGAUUUUUGAGGGUGGUCAACAAAUCCCAAUAAUAAUUCCUCAUCCCCGGACUUCCCUUGUUUGUUGUGUUUUCACCGCGCUUCCCUUUCGCUUUUUCCUUUCCUUUCCUUUUCUUUUCUCUCUUCUCUUCUUCCCUUGUCUCCCUCUCCCUCUUCCUCCCCCCCUCCCAACGACCGGUCCGGUACUCGGUCGAAAUUAAUAUUUCAUCUUGAUGACCAUUGACGAUCGAUUGACUUGAUUUACGACCACUUCUCGGCUCAGCCCAAGGACCCGCCGCGGAACCGCGCGUUUAGUCCGGAACCAACAUUCUGGCCUGUCUUGCCUGGCCAGUCCCUUUUCCCCCGCCAUUGGUCACCGUCUUCUUAGUUCUUCCUCUGCCGUCUCCGACCUCUCUCCCCAAUUCUUUCCCUCCUCGUUGCUCCUCUCGGGAUCUGGCAUCCUCCGAAGUUUCGAGCCCUCUCGCCAUGGACAAAGACCUCUCCUCCCCGUCGCCGUCGGUGACGGAACUCAAUGCCUGCGUUUCUACUUCGACCGGUGCUCACCGACCAGUCGCUAAAGAAACCACGUUCCGGGAAUGGAUCGUGGACAACCAAAUCGGGAUCUCGUUGACAACCCUGUCGAUGUUAUUGGCCGUUCACCACCUCUACCCUUCCCUUAGUCCCUACACGGCUCCCUUCUUCCAAUUGUCCUACUACCAGCCCGACACUGGACUCUACAUCCAAGGCUGGGACGACAUCUACUUUGUCGCCAGCUCGGCCAUCGCCUUCACGGCCAUCCGCGCCAUCGCGAUCGAUUGGGUCUUCCAUCCGUUUGCUAGAUAUGCGGGGCUGAAGAAGAAGGCUUCGGUGCGCUUCGCCGAGCAGGGCUGGCAAUGGAUCUACUACGGUUUCUUCUGUACUUUCGGACUGUAUAUUUGGUCGAAUUCCUACUACUGGCUGGAUAACGGCGCGAUCUGGUCCGAGUGGCCGUCGCGCGGCGUCUCGGGCACCCUGAAAUGGUAUCUGCUGGCGCAACUUUCCUUCUGGUUGCAGCAGAUCUUCGUCCUCAACAUCGAGGAGCCGAGGAAGGAUCAUUAUCAGAUGUUGACCCACCACUUUAUCACCAGCACCCUUCUCAGCUCGGCCUACAUUUAUGGCUUCUAUAACGUUUCCAAUGUGGUGCUGUGCCUGAUGGAUAUCGUGGACCUGCUGCUACCGACGGCGAAAAUCCUCAAAUACCUCAAGUUCGAAAGGACCUGCAACAUCGCCUUCGGUGUAUUUAUGUCCACGUGGCUCGUCACGCGCCAUAUAAUGUACCCGCUGCUGUGCUGGUCUAUCUAUAAAGAAGUCCCCUCGAAAAUGGCAUACGGCUGCUAUUCUGGCACCACCGCAGAGAUGAUUUCCACCGACGGGUAUCCCGAUAAAUUCACCUACCUCUUUUAUCCGUUCCUGAACCUCGACGGCCCUAUCUGCAUGAACCGCACGAUCAAGUGGAUCUUCCUCUCCUUCCUCCUGUCCCUUCAACUGCUCUCGAUUAUCUGGUUUGCGAUGGUGGUGCGCGUGGCGGUGGGAGUUCUCCGCACCGGAAACGCCGAGGACAGUCGCAGCGACGAUGAAGAUGAAGAGGUCGAUGCCAGAAGCAAGGACAACACCAACGGCAGCGUCGCCGCCGCCGAUGGCUCCAAUGCCGAAUGGCGCCGAUCGAACGGAUCCUCUACCGUUCGUCCUCGAGGACGUGGCCGGGUCGGACUUGGCCAGCAGAGCGACCACAAGGCCUUGCUGGGCCGCAUCGGCUGCGACAAACCUAGCUAGAUGACCUCCCUCCGUCUCGAUAUAUUAUUUUGAUUUUUUCCUUCACCUCGAACUUCUAAUGCUCUUAUGGAUAUGGAAUCGGACAUGCGGCGUGACCGAUACUGACGAAGUCACCGAUUAUUAAAAAGAAAAAGAACAAGAAAAAGAAACCCCGAAAACGAGAGAAAGAGAAAGAGAGGGCAGUUGAACAUUGUCCUAUGCUCCCCUCGAAAUACACAUACACACAAGAUACACCCUCCAAUUUUCAUGCCAGCUGGUUGUUGUUUUGCUUUUUCCUAAAUUUCAAGACUUUCUUCGUGUCCGCAUUUGAUACCAUGAAUUUGGUCGAUCGUAUAGGCGUUUAUCUUUGCCCUUUCAUUUCUGCUUGCCUUUUUUUAAUUCUUUAUAUCAUUGUUGCUAUUAUAUCCUCUCCCGUUGAUGAUUUACACCUGAUAGGCAUUACUUGAUCAUGCUGCUUAUAUCAUUACUU